UCUUCAUAUUUUUUUCAAUUUUGAAGAUAUUUAGUCGUAUUCAUGCUAUGAAGUAUGCUAGACUAAUGUUAAAUAUCAUGAAAUAUAAGUUUUCAGCAAGCUUCUAGUUUAUUGUCAUUAUUCAUGAUUUGUAGCUUGUGUAUUAAAUUAUGCCUAUAGGAAAUCGCUUGUCUUGCUUGUUUGCCUAUUACUAGAAUCAGAUUUUUUAAAAAUAAAUUGGCAAGAGUAGAAGCUUAAUGUGUGCCUUUCGGACUGGAUGCAUUGUUUAAGAUUCAAGAAAGUUUAUCAUUUUUUAACUUUGGAAUGUUUUGACUUAUAUCAUUAGCUCAAUAUGUGCUUGAAAACUCUAUGUAUCAUUAGCUCAACAGCCUUUAUGAACCUCAUGAUUAAUCUUCAUCUCUAUGGAGUUAAUAAAUAGUUCAAAUGUGGUUGAAAACUUUUAGCAGCUCAAGUUUACAAUUUGUCCUCUUUUCAUGUUAUAAGAUGUUUUCUACAUUCAAAGGUCGUGUCCUUAAGGCAUCAAAUAAAAGUACCACCAUUGCGGUGUAGUGCAUCUGUUGAGGUUUUUUUUUUUCUCUCUCUCUCUCUAAAAAGUGAGAACUUUGAUAGCAGUCUGUGAAUUCCAUUCAUUUUCUGAUAAAAUAAAGUAGUGUAUGACAUCUUUAUUCUUUUCUCUUCUCCCCUUUCCUCAUUCAUUUUAUUUCACCCUCUGCUUUUAUGAUUGCUAAUUUAUCUGUGUUUUGGAUUUGUUUAUGGUUUGAAAUUAUGUGUGGAACUUAUGAUUCACGUAGGAUUAGAAUGGGUAGAUUUUUUUAUCAUUUAGGGUUACCACUCUUAAUAUUAAGUACUUAUUUUCACCAUCUAGAGUGCAUCACCUUUUUUCGUAAACACUUUUAAAAUCUGGAAUAAUCUUGUUAGGAUAGUUACUAACUCGGCCUUAUUCUAAAUUAUUGAAGCAGCUGUUUUUACUGUAUAAAUGAAGCUCGUCGUUUAAACUUGUGUACUCUCUUAGAUUUCAUUUAACUCUGUGCUAAAUCAUGGCUUUGAAACACAUGGAUUUAAAAUUCCAUUUUAUAAGAUUUUUUUCUUUUUAAGGAUAAGAACUUUGGAGAUUUUGGCCAUGUUUUAAGUCAACAUAUUUUCUUUCAUGAUCAUUUGAUUGGAUAAAACUUUUGAAUGGUUAAAUAUUUUCCUAGAACCCAUGAAUGCUCAAAUCAUUCUUGUAGCUAUUUUGCCAUCUAAAAACCCUCACGGACAUGAGGGAAUUUUCAUCUUUUGAUCUUCUUUGAAACUUGAGUUGACUAUUAUCAUUCACAUAUUAAUAUUUUAAACUUGUUAGUUACAAGUUAUUUUUUUUCUCAAAUAUUUAGUAUCCAAAGCUAUUUUCUUAAAUUUUAGACCUUAGAAUAAUUAACCUAAGUUUGGCCGGUUAAUCAUAGUUAACGGAUUUUAAAGGAUGUUUAAUCCCUUCCCUUUACGAUAACCAAGAACCCUUAUCUAGAAUCACAUUUAGUUAAGUAGGCUAUUAAUCUGAGUUAAUUUACGUUUACUUAGUUACAAAUAGGUGUCCUAAUUCACCCUGACGACUCCUUAAUUUAAAUAAUUAGGAAUCACCAAUAUGUUGUAUUCUACUUUGAUCCGGUUAAAAAGAGGUAUAACACUAUGUACCUACAAUUACUGUACCCUUAUGAGAAUUUUUUGAAAGAAGAGAACUGAUUGUCUUCACUCAUUUUGAGGAUGAGUCUCUUAGUUUGUGAUUUAAAAGAAACACAAGGUCCUCUCAGAAAGAGAAAGAAAAAUUGAGGUCAUCCGAAUCAAGACAGGGACCAAUUACUAGAGGAAAAGCAAAAGCUCAGAUGGAGAAUGCUUCAAAAAUUAAAAAAGAAAAUGUGUCCUAAGAAAAAGGGAUCAACCAGUGAAAAGGACUAAGGGAUUGGUGGGUGAGGUAGAAGAAUCACAAAUUGAAAAGACCUAAUGCAUGAGAAAUGUGGGAGUGGAGGAGGAAGAAGCAAAAGUGGCAGAAGCAGGGGCAGAGCCAGAACAUUUGAUAAGGGGGUUCAAGAAAAAGGAACUGGAUGAAAAAGGGUUAAAAAGUGUUGUUACAGAGAAUCGAACCCACAAUCAUGGGCUCAAUAAUAGGCACCUCAGCCGCUGGGUUGAGUUCUCCAAUAUGUUAAGGGGAUGCAACAUUAAUAUUUACACAUGAAUCAAAAAAUUGACCCCAUAUAUAUAGUGUAAUUUUUCGACGAAGGGGGUUCGAUUGACACCCCUUGCACCCCUAUAAUUUCGCCCCUAGGCAGAAGUCACACUCUCAAGAAAAAAUUCAAAGAAAAGGAAGUUAAAAGAGGUUGAGUCUGAAAAGGCGGUUGAGAAGGAAAUUGAAAUAAGAGAAAAAGAACCAGGUGCUGAGAGUCAAGCAUGAGGAAGAAACCCGGUUCCUCUUCUAAAAGGCAAAAGGUGGAACUAUCAGAAUCAGAAAGGAAGGAAAAUUUGAGAACUCAAGGUACUAAAAGGCAGAGUUUUUGACCUUGAGAUUACUGGGCGGCCUGACAUGAAAGAGUUGAUGGAGAUAGUUGAGUUUUAGGAAUGGACUCAUCUCUUCAAACCCCUAAUCCCAAAAGUGUUUGAGGAUGAAGUGGUAGAUUUCUUUAUUAACCUGCUCAUCUCAGAUGACACACUGCUAGUGUCUAUGAAUGGCUAUGAAUUUACACUUUAUGAACUGCCAUUUGAGAAUUUUACAAGUUCCUACUGAUGGGUUGAAAUCUGUUAAGGAUGUCUCUGCAUCACCUCGUUUUCUGGACAACAUUGCCAAACAAGAAGGAUCCAUAAAUGGAGAAAGAAUGUUCAAGAAACAGCUCAAACCUGUAUAUCAGUUGCUUUUUGAAUUGGUAAACAAAAUGAUCUUGCCCUGCUCAGAAAGAAGAUCUGUAGCUGCGAUCCCUGAUUUAUGCUUGAUUGAAGCCUUGGACAACCACACUGUUGUUGCCUAGAGCACAUGAGUACGGUUGCUACAAUCAGGGAUGGCAGGCAUGGGCUACCUUAUGGAUUUUUCCUUACUAAAAUCUUUGAGCACUUUAGGAUACAGGCAGUGCAAACUUGGGUACCAAAAUGCACUUGUUAACUGAGAGCACUCUCAUGGAUUGUGAAUGCAUACUAAAGAAAGGUGGAGUUGGAAUCAAUUCUGUGAUCUCAAGCUUGAUAAAGGCUCAGGAUAAGGCCAUUGAAAUUGCGAUUUUGAAAGGUGAGCUACAACAACGUUCACGGGGAACAGAGGGACCUGGUACCCUAAAUAAGAUAAAGGAUGAAAAUUCUAAGCUCAAGGCUGAAGUAGCUGGUCUACAAAACUUGACUCAACAGCUAGUUCAUGAUCAUCGAGCUGCCAAUAAGUACAUUGAUAAGCUUCUCUCUAAGCUCUAAACUGAGCCUUUUUCUUUUCUCUUCCUGCUUCUUAUAACCUCUUCCUAAAAUCCUCUGAUGCUCCUAAUCCAUUGACUCUCUAUGUUUUUGGGUUAUACUGAUAUUGGCAUUUUGGUCUAUUUUUUUGAAACUAUUUUGUGCUUGCUGGACAUACUAUGGUUUUGCUGCUAAUCAAAUUUGGCCAUUAUCUUUGUUUAUGCAAUAUUAUUUAGCCAUGUUUGUUUUAUUGAUUACUUAUGCUGUGUUGCCCUGUGGCCCUGAGUUAAUGUCACUUAACAUUACUGUGCAAAUGCUUUGUGUUUGCUCUUUUUAAUGAUGCCAAAAGAAGGGAAUAUGAUUAGGGAAGUCAGGGAGUUUGUUUAGUGCUGGUUGGAUAAAUGUGUUGAAUGUUUAGUGUUUGUUCGAUAAGUGUAUUGAAUGUUUAGUGCUUGUUGGAUAAGUGUGUUGAACAAUGAUUUUGACUCUCAGUAGGAACAAGUGAGGAAUUUGGUCCUCAGGGGGAAUACAAUUAUAUGUGUCAUCAUCAAAAAGGGGAAAAUUGAUGAGCUAUGAUACCUUGUAUUUUGAUGAAUUGACAAACCUCAUUUAUGUGGUAUUUUGUGUUAUGAUGUUUUGACAAUGACAAAUAAGUGGGACAUCUGGGCCUCAGGGGGAAUACCGCCAUGUAUUUGUCAUCUUCGAAAUGGGGGAAAUUGAUGAGUUAUGAUAACUUAUGUUUUGAUGAUUUGGCAAACCUCAUUUGAGUGGUACCACAUGUUAUAAUAAUUGAAAAUGACAAACCUAAUUGGAGGGACCAGAUGGGAUCAGGUGUCCUCACUCAUGAUACCUUGUGGUGUGAUUAACCUUAUUCGAGGAACCAGAUGCGGUCAGGUUCAUUCGAUAGGGAGAAUGAUGAGACAUGAUACCCUGUGUCGUGAUGAUCUGACGCAUCCCAUUCAAGGAAUCAGAUGUGAUAAGGUUAACUUGAUGACUUGGUUAAUCUUACAAUACAUCACGUACUGAUGGGAUGACAUUCUGAAGAAUUGGAUGCAAUCAGCCUCACCACACAAGCUGCAAGAUAUGUUUAUAAAGGGACCAAAUGAGGAGCUGGAUAGGGACCAAAUACGCUUUUAGAGGGAUUAUAUGGAAUCAGGUCCCCUAGCCGUUGCUCGAUCAACUCUACAGCGGUAAAGUUGCUGCCACUGUACGGACUGGAUAGUGCAGCAACACAACUGUAGCAUGCUAGUGGACAAUGCAAUGUCCCUUUCAUCUCAACACUUUUCUCUCAUAUAUAAGCAACAUGAUGCAAGAGAAAUCCCAACACUUUGCAAAAUCAGAAAGUUUUAUACAUCUCAAAGUGCAAGCAGCCGCUUCUUAAGGUGCUCUCAAGAACAAAGCUCCAACAAACAGAAGGACCAAUUCCCAACCACUGAAGAUAUCUUUAGUCCUUAGGUUUGUAGAGUCUUUGUCUUUUGUUCUUAACUUGUAUUCCUACACGACUUUAAAGAAGUGUAAUAGUAGGACAGAGUUACAACCAUUCUGAGUUUGUUCACUUGGCUAAAAUUAGUCAAGGUUUGUUUGGGUUCUUGGCUAGAGUUAGUCAAGUUUUGUUCUUUGCAAUAGAAUUAUUGUAAAGGUCUUACGAUAGAGUUGUUGUAAGGGGUGAGGGAUUAAGAGUUUAAUUUCUAGGUUGCAAUAAGUUGUAAUAAGAAGUUGCUCAGUUAGUGAAGUUGGGAAAUCCUACUCCGGUAGGUCGUGGUUUUUAAUCCCUUGAGUAAAGAGUUUUUCACUUAAAUAUCUUGUGUUAUUUACCUUUUGUCUUUACUUAAGGGAACAGAUAGAGAACCAGGUUCUCUACACUGUUUGGUGGACUCAUAUAUUCUAUCACAUUCGUUUGCCCUUUAGUCAUAUCACUAUCAUCAACUUCAAAUAAUCCAGCUUUCAACCAAAAUAUUCAACCAAACAAGCCUUGCCUUUUCAUCUUCUCCAAAUAAAAUCACCGCAUGUUUCAGAAACCGAAGGCGGUGAAUUAAUAACUUCUUCUCGCUGAAGGGAGGCCAAUGAAGAAGAUCCCGGUUUAAUCACUGGUUGAUUUUUGUGUUAGUAAGCUCAAAGGUUUGUAAUUUUUGUGUUAGAAAGCAUAGUUAAGAGACUUUGGUGAAACAAAAUGAUAGUUAUGUGAUUUUUGUGUUAGAAAACAUAAUUAAGUGAAUUUGGUGAAAAAAAGUGAUAGUUAUAUGACCAUCUAUUAAAUUUUCCCAAAUAUUAGCCUCAAUUGAUCCAUAAAAAACCUUUUCAAAAUAUGAGAAAUUUGCACAAAUAGGAUGAUUUUGGCCACUGUUUAUAUUGUAUCCCCGUUUAAUGAAGUUUUACAAAAAUAAUUUUGGCGCUACGCAACCCAAAAAUAUAAAACAAUUACGCUUGUUCAAUGGUUCACAAGCUUUGUUGCUUAGUACUAUCUUUGUUCAACUUAAUCUUGUUAAAUUAUCCGCACGAUUUGUCCGCUGAACAAACCAUUUGUUCACAAGUUUUGCCAGGCGGCACAACUUAAUACUAUCUUCAUUUGACACAUCUUGUUAACAAGGUCAAAGCGGUUAGAUGAAGAUUUUGCAGGAGGUGUAGUGGUGCUUUAGACAACAAUUGCGUGUACUUAGGAACACGAUUCUUUUUUCCAAAUAAAUAAUUAUGGAUGUGUCUUCUAAUCCAGGUAGGAUUUGAUUUGCUAGCCUCUGGAUGAUUCAUAUAUAAUUGGCUUUAAAAUCCAAAAUAUACGUUUAUUAAUUUUUUUAUAUGUUUCGGGUGAAUAUAAUAUUAUUUUGACUCGCUGAAUUAACUUAAAUUUUCAAGGGCAUUGAAAGGCCGUUAACAUCUCGGGGAUCUUUUUAUCGUUUAAUAAUUUACUUUUUAAUAUCCACGUAAACAACUUUUAGGACACGCGCAAAGCACGUGUACCCAUGUCGAUGAGUAUUAAAAUUUGAGAAAUUAUCUAAAUAUUGAAUUCACUGACAGCUACAUAAAUUAUUAGAAUUUAUUUUUCAAUUGGCAGUGUAUAGUAUUAAACGUGUCUGAGUUAUAAAAAAGUAAAUUUGCAAAAUAAAAUAAAAUGUAGGUUCCUGAAAAUGAUAAUGUUUAUCAUAUUUGGCUCAAUAAAUGAAGAAAGAUAACUUAUUAUAGUUUUUAUCUUUCCUUUAAUUAUCAAAAUUAUCUGACUGGGUACACUCGCUCACUCUCUAUCUCUCAUUUAUAUCUUUGAUUAUUUAUUCUGAUUGUCGGUUUUUUUUUUUUUUUUUUAAACAGACACUUCCAUCAUUGAGGUGUAGGGGGUGGGGUGGGGGUGUGUUUAGGCACGAAUCCCUACCUGUCUAUAGUAAAAAAAGAGUAAUACAAGGGGGAGGAUAUUCCCUUUAACCUUCAGCACAACAUGAAGGAUGAUAAAAUUCAAUCUAGGCAUAAUACAUAAAACUUGACUUGAGCCGGUAAAUAUGCUCUUCAACUUUGAGUGUGCACAAGUAGGAACCGUGAUUAGCAAGGAAAUCAGUCAGCAUGUUUCUUUCUCUGAACUUGUGUACACGAGUAAAAAUACCAGUACUGGUCACGUUACAUAUUUGAUCCACAAGAGGGUCCAAGUCCCAAGUUGUUUUCAGUUUGUUAUUAAUCAUGUUAAUCAACAUAAGUGAAUCAAGAUUCCACUUCAACCUUUUUCACCCUUCUAUUAACACACAAAAUCAUACCAUAGAAAAUUAUCUUUGCCUCAGCCAUGUUAUUACUGCAAUGGCCAUAGUAAUCUGAGAAUGCAGUGACCAGAUCCCCAUUGUGAUCUCCGAGAAUAUACCACCACCUCCUGAUUAUUGAGUUCUGCUUUCACAUAAAAAAAAAAAAGUCGAUGAAGAGGAUUUAUUUGAGUAGGAAAUUAAAAGAGUUCAUAAAGAAUAGUAUUGCAUGAAUUGUAGUCACGUCAUUAUUCAUAUACUGAAAUAAUAUAUAGAAAGUAAAAUUAUUAGUUCUUAUAAAAUCCUAGAUAUUACAUUAAUUUCCAACAUAGUUCAAAUAAGAAAGGAAAUAAUGAUAAUAAAAAAUUUAGUUCAUUUUUUAUUUAUUUUUGGAUAUGAAAAACAAAAAUUUCCAAACCACCUUGUUUAAACUCUUGAUUUUAAGUUGAAAAUAUUAGGAUUACUAAAUAGUUAAAUAAAGAGAUUUAAUAAGUAGUAUUUUUUCAAUUUCAAAGUCCUACAUAUUAGAAAAAUAAUUAAAAGAGUAUUUUUAUAUGGUGUGAAAUUUAAUUUUAAGGGUUAAAAGGUCAACCAAAAUUGUGCUUUGAUAAUAGCACACAUGUAUUUUUUGUGAAUUGAAAAGCAUAUUUUUUAAAAAUAUCUUAUGAAAAUUAUUAUUGUUUAUGCGACCUAAUACUGUAAUUCAAAUUAUCAAAUAAUUUUAAAUAUACUUUUAUCACGAUUUUCAAAUAUUUAUGACAUUACACAAAUUAAUAAAUUAAUCCUUAUGAUCUUUUAGAGAUAAUACAAAUUAAAAAAUUAUUCUUCUAUGUCUAAGACAAUGAUAAUUCAAAGUAUACGAGGACUAUAAUUGUUGAGUCAUUAUUUUAUAGAAAUUAACUUAGUAUAUAAUGAAAACAGAGAGUCAAUAUAUUUGUGGUAUCCUAGAUAAACAGAGUAAUACCUUUGUUCUAACAUGAUAAAAGGUGAUAUAAAGUAUGAGUUAUCACCCACCUUAUUCCACAUAUAUAACUUCUUCUUAGGGCAAUCAUAAAAUAAAAAAAAGCAACGAUUAUAAUUAUGAUGAGGUAAAAUAAGAAACUAUUUAUUAAGGUAAAAUUUUAAAAUCCCAGAUAUUAAGAUUUCUAUCACGACUUUAUCCAAUGUCAAAUCUCUUUUCAAAACAAAAUGAUCAGUCAACAUUUUUCCCUGGAUAUAAAAUACCAAUUCCUUCUCAAAUAAUAGAUAAUAGCCCUAAUUAUUUUGGAUAUAUUUCCGGUUGAAAAGGAGUAUUUUAAAGUGUUUCUUUUUACUCCCUCCAUCUCAAAUUAUUUGUCGCUUUUUUAUUUUACACGUCCCUUAAGAAAUAUUAAUUAGUAGUGGUAUUUCACUAACUUUAUCCUUAUUUAUGUCUAUGUUAUAAUCUCUCUCCAUUAAAUGUGUACUCUAUUUAUGUGUCAUCUCCAUUAAUGAUAAAUGAUAAAUGAGGAAAAUUAAUAAAUUGUGUCUUGAAUCUCUAAAUUGACAAAUUAUUUGAAACUACUAUUUUUAGUAACCAUGAUAAAUAAUUUGAGACGGACAAAGUAAAUGAAAUUAAAGUUUUUAAUUGCUCUUGCAAUUUUUAAGAAUAAUAUUCGUGUUUGUUUGGAUGUUUUUACGGCGGAAAGGGAGUAUUAAAGUGCUUCUUUUUAAAUGAAAUUAAACUAUUUAGUAUUCUUGCAAUUUUUAGGUAUAAUAAUGUUUACAUGGGCACGUUUGACGUGCUGUUUAAUAAAUUUACGCGAAUUAAAUAAACUAAACAUUGACAAAUUACAAAACAGCUAGCAGGGAUAGUGACAAUUAUCAAAUUUGUCCAAUGUUGCAAUUUUGUCUAAUGUAAUUUAUUUGGGAAGAUUUUACGUUUCCAUUAGAAAGGUAAUUAACCAUAUAUAAUAUCUCCAUAUAUUAUGUUGGCAAUAUCAAAUCCUAUUCUCGUUUGGUUGGCUUUAAAUCCUAUUUCUACAUGGCUUUGUGUGAACUCAAAUCUUAUUCUCGCUUGGUUUGCAUCAAAUCCUAUUUCUACAUGAUUUCUGUGAAUUCAAAUCCUAUUCUCGCUUGGUUUGCGUCAAAUCCUAUUCUCACUUAGUUUGCAUCAAAUCCUAUUUCUACAUGGCUUUCUGUGAACUCAAAUCCUAUUCUCGCUUAGUUUGCGACAAAUCUUAUUUCUACAUGGCUUUCUGUGAACUCAAAUCCUGUUCUGGCUUGGUUUGCGUCAAAUCCUAUUUCUACAUGGCUUUCUGUAAACUCAAAUCCUAUUCUCGCUUGGUUUGCGUCAAAUCCUAUUCUCACUUAGUUUGCGUCAAAUCCUAUUUCUACAUGGCUUUCUGUGAACUCAAAUCCUAUUCUCGCUUAGUUUGCGACAAAUCUUAUUUCUACAUGGCUUUCUGUGAACUCAAAUCCUGUUCUGGCUUGGUUUGCGUCAAAUCCUAUUUCUACAUGGCUUUCUGUAAACUCAAAUCCUAUUCUCGCUUGGUUUGUGUUAAAUCCUAUUCUCGCUUGGUUUGCGUCAAAUCCUAUUCUCGCUUGGUUUGCGUCAUAUCCUAUUUCUACAUGGAUUUCUGUGAACUCAAAUCCUAUUCUCACUUGGUUUGCGUCAAAUCCUAUUUCUACAUGGCUUCCUGUCAUGAACUCAAAUCCUAUUCUCGCUUGGUUUGCGUCAAAUCCUAUUUCUACAUGGCUUUUUAUGAACUCAAAUCCUAUUCGCGCUUGGUUUGCAUCAAAUCCUAUUUCUACAUGGAUUUCUGUGAACUCAGAUCCUAUUCUCGCUUAGUUUGCGUCAAAUCCUAUUUCUACAUGGCUUUCUGUGAACUCAAAUCCUAUUCGCGCGUGGUUUGCGUCAAAUCCUAUUUCUUCAUGGAUUUCUGUGAACUCAAAUCCUAUUCUCGCUUAGUUUGCGUCAAACCCUAUUUCUACAUGGCUUUCUAUGAACUCAAAUCCUAUUCUCACUUGAUUUGCGUCAAAUCCUAUUUCUACAUGGAUUUGGUUUUGCUUCUUCUUUAAAUAAAUAAAGAUAGACGCAAAGCAAAUUCACAAAUCAAAACCAAGGAAUAAGAAAAUAUAAAUUUGAGUGAUUAGAAGAAGCGGGUGACAUGGAUACAGUGAAACAGGUAACGGAAAAUCUACGCCAAAGCCUAGCUCAAGCCAAUCGGGGUGGUCUGAAAUUCUUCAAUCGAAUGGAGAUGCAACAGAGAAGUUUACAAAAACGUCGCGAAGAGGAAAAACGUGAAGCUGAACGUAAAAAGCAAUCAGAACAACAACAGAAGAAGCACUUUACCAACUUGUCAAAGUUAUCCAACAUCCAAUACCUGAUCAAACCAGAAUCUUCUUUAUUGAGCUCCCUUCCGCAAGAAGAAGUUAUUCGCCGUCUUAGGUUUCUGAAACAUCCGGUGACUUUAUUCGGAGAAGAUGAAGAGGCAAGGCUUGUUAGGUUGAAUUUUGUGUUGAAAGCUGGAUUGUUUGAAGUUGAUGAUAGUACUGAAGGGCAAACAAAUGACUUUUUGAGAGAUAUUUUGGAGUUGAAGAAGUCAGGGAUGUUGAAGCGGAAGGCGACAGAGGAUAAAGAACGCGACGAAGGAGAUUUGAAGAGAAUGAAAAUGAAUUUCGAGGAUUUGUGUGAUGAGGACAAGAUUUUAGUGUUCUACAAGAAGUUGUUGAAUGAGUGGAAUCAAGAACUUGAUCAUGAGGCUGAUAACCGGAAGGAAGAUCAGGGGGAAUCUAUUUCGAUGGUGGCUACUUAUAUGCAGCGUGCUAGGGACUUGAAUCCAUUAUUUGAUUUAUGCAGGAAAAGGUUACUUGGUGAUGACAUUAGGAAAGCACUAGUUGUGAUGGUUGAAUGCUGUAUGAAUAGGGAAUAUAGUGCUGCAAUGGAUCAAUACGUUAAUAAGAUAGCAAUUGGUAAUGCACCUUGGCCUAUUGGGGUUACUAUGGUUGGUAUUCAUGAACGAUCAGCUCGUGAGAAGAUUCACACAAAUAGUGUUGCUCAUAUCAUGAAUGACGAGACAACUAGGAAGCUUCUGCAUUCCGUUAGAAGGCUGGUCACAUUCUGCCAACGACGCUAUCCAACUAUGCCAUCCAAAUGUGUGGAGUUCAAUAGCCUUGCAAAUGGCAGUGACUUGCACUCUCUGCGUUCUCAAAUCUCAGAGGAAAGGCUUCCAAUAAUGCCUAUGCCUUCACAAGGGACAUCUACAGUUUAAUUUGCAUUUGAACUCCUUUUUUCUGUAUGUUGAUUCUCCAUGAGGCAUUGGAAAGUGGUUUACUUUUCACCUUUAUGUUUUUAAUGGAGUAUUUGUUUAGGAUUUUCAUAAUAUAAGGGUAUUAAGUGCUUAAUUUUAAAAUACAAGGGCCAGAUUGACAAAAUAUUCUUCUUAUUUUUUGCAAUAUUUUUUGUAGUUUUCAUACAAGUGGAUUGUCUUUCUGAUCUAUCGAAAGAGUUGGGAUUUUUGGAUUCAUGA